AUGGAGACGGGCUAUUUACCCACCCAAUCGGAGACCCCAAACAAAACGAAUCCCCAGAAACGAAAGUAUUCCCGCGUGGCAGCGAUUUACCCCCGAAAGCGAGCCACUCAAGCCUGCCAUACUUGCCGCUUCCGAAGGACGAAAUGCGACAACGCUCGACCUUCGUGCGCUUCAUGCGUGAGACUGGGGGCAGAAUGUAAUUACCAGGAAAAUGAUCCCUCAACAUUCGAUCCUGCGAGUCUCGCCAUUUUGAAGCGACUCGAUGAGCUGGAAGUCCUGAUCCAAAGCAAACCACAGGAUCCAUCUCCAUUAGCUUUGCCUGCCGACUUUCCAUCGACGUCGCCGUCUAACCCCCUCGGUGAUGGUGACUUGAGCUCCGCGGCAACCGGCCAAAGAACCCAGCGGAAACUGCCUCUCAUCACCAUCGAGGCAGUUCUGGAAUGGCCUGUGUUCGAUGAUCGCGAAUUCAAUCGAAAAGUCCAUUUGCUGAACCCCCCCGAAGAGAAUAUACAUCAACCAGGACUGCCGAUCUCGGUUGACGUUGACCUCCAUGAAGCCGACAGCCUGCUUAGGAGGUUCUUUGACGAUGUGCACAUCUUCAAUCCCACCCUAGAAGAGGAGGAUGUGAGAGAAUAUGUCAAUGUUGUUCGUUUGAAUGGCAUUGGCUGGGACGCCAUGUCCUGCCUACUGCUUCUGAUCUAUGCCCAUGGCUCGAUUGCAAGGCCCCUUGUGAAGAACGGACCAGGGGUACCCUCUGCUUUAUUCCACGAGUCAAAAUCUUUUCUUCAGGCCGAAGCCUACUUUUGCGCUGCGCAAAAGCGUAUGGGCUCGUUCCUCUGCAGCAGCGGUGUGAUAGAAGCGCAGUGCUUCUUUCUAGCCGGUGUAUAUCUCAUGACAACAUUGCGACCAAUCGCAGCAUGGAGAAUGUUUGUGCAAGCGUUGGCCUGCUGUCAAGGGUUCUCCAUCCAGCGACGGAAUGAGCCUAGCUACGAAGACGAAUGGAAUACUAAACAGAGGAUUUACUGGACUUGCUUCAAAUCUGAGCUGGAACUCCGGCUGGAGUUGAAUGUUUCGCAAACAGGUGUUUUGGAUCUCAGCUAUCCAUCCCUAUUCCCUUCACCACCGGACCGACUCAAGACAAAAGAUGAAGCUCCCUGGUACUUUUAUCUCGCCGAAAUUGCCUUACGAAGGCUCAAAAAUCGCAUUCUGGACACUCUGUACAGACACGACACGGCAGACCCUGAAUUCAACAUUGAAUAUGCCAUCCAUGAUUUUGAAGAGCAAACAGACGCAUGGCUAGGAUCUCUACCUGAGACAUUAUCUCUUGACGUGAGCAACUCGGACACAGAUCAAUACGAGCCUUUCCGAUUCAUCCUAAGCGGCCAUUUUCUCGACUGCCAAGAGACGAUGUACUGGCACUUUGUAGUCGAAGGAAUGCACGGUGUCGCCCCACUUUUUUUUUUUAACAAUUUUCUCAACCUAGAAACUGUUCAUCUAACAAUGUCAAACUUCGAUAUUGACGACGUGCUCGCAGAGCUUUCUCUAAACGAGAAAGUUUCCCUGCUUUCAGGUGUCGACGGUUGGCAUACAGCCGCAAUACCACGACUAGGAAUCCCGGCAAUCCGUAUGUCAGACGGACCAAAUGGCGUCCGAGGCACUCGCUUCUUCAACGGAGUUCCCGCAGCCUGUCUGCCCUGCGCCACAGCUCUAGGCGCUUCGUUCGACACUGGGCUUAUCUACUCUCUUGGGAAGCUUCUGGGACUGGAAUGCAAAGCGAAAGGGGCGCAUGUGAUCCUAGGCCCAACUAUCAAUAUCCAGCGAAGUCCGCUGGGAGGACGUGGGUUUGAAUCAUUUUCGGAGGACCCUGUUCUUUCGGGCUCCUUGGCUGCUGCUUAUUGCUUGGGCGUGCAGAGUGAGGAUGUCAUUCCGACCCCGAAGCACCUCGUUUGCAAUGACCAGGAGCAUGAGCGUGUGGCUGUGAGCUCGCUCGUCACUGAGCGAGCUCUUCGGGAAAUCUAUCUACUUCCAUUUCAGCUAGCUAUUGCUGGUGCCAACCCCGGGGCCCUUAUGACAUCGUACAAUAAGGUCAAUGGAUGCCAUGCCAGCGAGAGUCCGGAUUUACUUCAAGAUAUUGUUCGGAAAGACUGGAACUACAAAGGACUGAUAAUGAGCGACUGGUUUGGCACAUACAGUGUGUCCGAGGCUGUGAAUGCCGGCUUGGACCUGGAAAUGCCAGGUCCGUCCCGCUUUCGAGGCCCGGGAUUGGUACAUGCCGUCACCUCGAACAAGGUCUCUGAGAGGACUAUCAACAGCCGAGUUCGCGCCGUGCUCGAGAUGAUCCAACUAGCAGCCAGGUCAGGAAUCCCGGAAGACUCGCCCGAAUCCCAACGGGAUCUUCCCGAAGACAGAAAAUUGCUUCGCCGAGCCGCCGCGGAGUCGAUUGUCCUUCUAAAAAACGACGAUCAAGUUCUGCCUCUGGACCCGAAGAAAAGAACACUUGUGAUGGGACCCAAUGCGAAGAUCGCAGUCUACUGUGGUGGGGGCUCUGCGGCUCUCCCGGCAUACUAUGCGGUGACGCCGUUGGAGGGGAUCACAGAAUGCUGCACCGCAGGUGUAGACUUCACGCAGGGAGCGUACGGCCACAAAGAGCUGCCACUUCUGGGACAACAGUUAAAGACCGAGGAUGGCCAACCUGGUUACAUAUUUCGAGUGUUCACUGAGCCCUCCAGCAACAAGAACCGACAAGCAGUCGACGAGUUGCAUAUGACCAAUAGCUCUGUGUUUUUGAUGGACUACAAGCAUCCGAAAGUCCACUCAGACCUUUAUUACAUCACCAUGGAGGGUAUAUUUGAACCCACGGAGAGCGGGACCUAUGAUUUUGGGCUCUCAGUAGCUGGAACCGGAGAACUCUUCAUUGAUGGAGAGCUUGUAAUCGACAACAAGACCAAGCAGCGGCAGGGAACAUCGUUUUUCGGAAUUGGGACUCCAGAAGAGCGCGGCUCCAGAUAUCUCGAGGCCAAUCAGCGGUACAAGGUCUUUGUUGACUUCGGCACUGCCCCGACUUCCAACAUGAAGUUGCACGGAGUGGUCUCAUUUGGACCGGGAGGAUUGCGAGUGGGAGCAUGCCGGCAGAUGGACACCGAAAAGGCCAUACAAGAGGCUGUUGACCUUGCAAAGACGGUUGAUCAGGUAGUGAUAGUCGCCGGACUCAGUGGUGAAUGGGAGAGCGAAGGAUUUGACCGACCGCACAUGGACCUCCCGCCAAUGUCCGAUCAACUGAUUGACAGGGUUCUCGCCGCCCAGCCAAACGCGGUGGUAGUGGUGCAAAGUGGUACGCCCGUGACAAUGCCAUGGGCUCGACGCACGAAAGCUUUGCUUCAAGCUUGGUACGGCGGCAAUGAAGUUGGGAAUGGCAUCGCGGAUGUCAUCUUUGGGAACGUGAAUCCAUCUGGAAAACUACCUGUCACUUUCCCAGAGUGCAUCGAGCAGAAUCCGGCAUACCUGACGUAUCGCUCUGAACGAGGAAGGGUGCUAUAUGGCGAGGACAUCUACGUCGGCUACCGCUAUUACGAAAAGACUAAGGUGCAGCCUCUCUUCCCUUUUGGAUACGGUCUGUCCUAUACAUCCUUCCGUCUCUCGGGGCUUUCCAUCUCCCAGCCCUUGGAGAGCCGCAGUGGAAUCAAGGAAGAAAUCAUUGAGGUGUCAGUUUCAGUAGAAAACAUUGGGUCCCGCAGUGGCGCAGAGGUCCUUCAGGUAUACGUUUCUCCGCCUCCGAGUUCCAGCGUUGGACGUCCUGUGAGAGAGCUCAAGGGCUUCAAGAAAGUUACACUGCAGCCUGGUGCGACGCAGGAGAUUCUGAUAGCCAUUCCCGUCGGUCUGGCGACAAGUUUCUGGGACGAGAGCCUUUCGGCUUGGCUCAGUGAAGCUGGUGAGUAUACAGUCACCGUUGUCGGAACUGGGAAGCACAACUCUCUCUCUGCUGGGCUUAAAAUGGCCCACACAAGGGAAUGGAGUGGCUUGCUUGGACCUGCGAUACAGAGCCCAUCUUUGCAAGUUAAUGGCACUCACAAGAAGGAUGUCAAAUGUGUUUAA